UCGGUUUUCGGUGCCACCACUAUUUCCGCGUCUGGUCACACUUUUCGGUAAUUGUAAUAAAUAAAGGAAAGGCGGAGAUCUUUGUUAAAUUUUUAACAAAAUUAAAAGCCGCUUGCACACCUCCCGCAAUACUCACGAUACCGCACCGCCCGACAAAAAUGCCGCGAUAUAGGGAGUGGGACUUGGCCUGCAAGGUGUACGUGGGAAACCUGGGCUCAUCGGCGUCCAAGCACGAGAUCGAAGGCGCAUUUGCCAAAUAUGGACCCCUGCGAAACGUGUGGGUGGCCCGCAAUCCGCCCGGCUUCGCCUUCGUCGAGUUUGAGGAUCGCCGUGACGCAGAGGACGCAACGCGUGCCCUGGACGGAACACGCUGCUGCGGCACCAGGAUUCGCGUAGAGAUGUCUUCGGGUCGCUCGCGCGAUCGCCGGCGCGGAGAGGGCGGCAGUAGUGGACGCUCUGGUUCCGGCCGCUACAGGAUAACUCCUUCGGCUAGAACUACUUCCACUGCUACUUCUUCCUUCUACAACAUCAACAAUCUACAACAGCAACCAUCUUCACAGCCACAGCCAGCAACCUUCAACUUGCAACUCUAAAUUAACCAUGUUCAGCGUCACAGCCUCACAGAAGUUUUGAUUAGCAACCCAAAUGAUUUCAUCCUAGAAGAAGCAAUGCAGUCGCCCAAAGAGUUAUCUUUUAAAGUUAUCCUGCGUAUCCUUCAAAUAAUUGCUUACAAUUAUUUAUUUAAUUUAGUUGCCUAUAAUAUGAGAGUUCGUCCGCUUUCUCAAGUACUUGACUCUGAUGUCGAGAAAACUGGCCUUAAGCGCGUUUAACGCUGAUGAUCACAGCUACUAAAGAUCAUUUUCUUAUUGCAUAUUUAUCCGACAAAGUAGAAAGCUUUAAACUCUAAAUGUAGGAUAUCAGUUGGUUCUAAAAGCAAAAUCAGCAAUAGCAAUACUACUCUUAUCUUAAUUGGUUCACAGCUUAAUUCAUAGAAACAAAACAGUUUGCACAGCUUUCAUUUGUGUUUCCCCUGGUAUUAGUUUAAGUAACAAUUAAGCAGUAUUUAACACAUCUAUUUUGCAGAACUUUGUAAGGCGCGUAUGUACAUACACUUCUUACCAUGCUAAGCUGAUCUAAUUAUUUUUUUUUUUAACUUUAAAGUAAUCGUUUCUUCUUUACCAAUGCGUUUAUUUCAGGUCCCGUUCACCACGUCGCUCCCGAUCGCCCCGCAGCCGCAGCUUCUCGCGCGAUCGUCGAAGUCGCUCGAAUUCUCGGGACCGUCAUUAAUGUUUUCAAAAGGAUAUCGUUUAAGCAGUGUCGCAUCAAAGAACAAGCCGGCCAAGGCCGCAUUUUCUGUAGGAAUUCCUAUGUCGAUUGCUAUCCAAGUAAAUUUACUUAAGAUGACAAUAUAAAUCUUUCGAUGCAUUCUUGAAAUUCCUUUUUUUUACUAAGAAAUAAAGACGCACAAUCAGAGAGA